CUCACACACGGUCACACAUCUAUAUCCAAAUCCCAAACCCCCUUUCUUGAAUCUUGGUCUUUCUCUUUUUAUUCCUUCUCAAAACCCUUCUCUUUUCCCUAACAUCAAUUCCGCCAAGCAUAAGACGAUGAUAUAAGCUUUUACUCAUAAACCCUGCUUUUAGAUUAGGGUUUUGAAGCACUUAACUUCUCUGUGGAUCUGUGAUCGAUCAUUAUCAAGAGGGUUUUAAGGGAUUCCCUUCAUUGCAUGCUACCUUUUGUUCUCAACUGACAAAUAAUGGCUUCUUCAUAUCCAGGACCAAUUCAGGUUGGCUCCUACUUUGUGGGGCAAUACUAUCAGGUACUUCAGCAACAGCCUGAUCUGGUUCACCAAUUCUACUCCGAUGCCAGCUCCAUGAUUCGGAUUGACGGAGAUUCGGCUGACUCUGCUUCUUCAAUGCUGCAAAUUUAUUCACUUGUGAUGUCACUAAAUUUUACUGCAAUCGAGAUCAAGACAAUCAAUUCUCUCGGUUCUUGGAAUGGUGGAGUUAUGGUUAUGGUUACAGGUUCAGUCAAAACCAAAGAUUUCAGCGGCAGAAGGAAGUUUGUGCAGACCUUUUUCCUUGCCCCUCAGGAGAAAGGUUACUUUGUUCUCAAUGAUAUUUUUCACUUCAUCGACGAGGAAACAAUUUACCAACAUCCUGCUCCUGCACUGUCAGAAAGCAAAUUUGAUGCUCAAUUAGAUGCUUCUAGCCCUCUCCCUGAGCAGCCAGUUUCCAAUUAUGAUUUGGAAGAAGAGGCCAGGGAAUAUGUGAACUCGGUUCAUAUAGAAGAUGAGCCAACUGACCAGUACAAUCUCAUAGAGCCUCAGCAGCAAGAAGACCCUGAAGCCGAAAUUGUUGUGGAGGAAAAUCCUGUGGAGGAAACUUCUGCCCUGUAUCAAACUGAUUUGAAUAAUUUUCAGGCCCCUCCAGUAGCUGCAGUUGAUGAAUCUGUGGGCGAGCUUGCAAAGAAAACCUAUGCUUCCAUUUUACGAGUAGCUAAGAACCCGUAUGUAUCAUCAGUUGCUACUCAACCAUCGUUCAACAAAAGUGCCCCAACUACAUCAGACUCUAAUAAUGCCCAACAGCCUGUAUCUCAGCAGUCAAAUCAUGCAUCUUCCUACGUGCCUGAAUCUGGAUCUUUGUCAUAUGUGCCUGAAUCUGGAUUUGAUGCAGCAGAUGAAAGCUUUACCAUUGAAGAAGGUGAAGUAAAAUCUGUCUAUGUGAGAAACUUGCCUUCUACUAUCACUGCUGCUGAAAUUGAGCAGGAGUUUAAGAACUUUGGCAGAAUCAAACCUGAUGGUGUGUUUGUUAGAAACCGUAAGGAUGUUGUUGGUGUCUGCUAUGCAUUUGUUGAGUUUGAGGACAUUUCUUCUGUUCAAAUUGCUAUCCAGGCAUCUCCUAUACAGUUGGCUGGAAGACAAAUCUACAUUGAGGAGCGAAGACCAAACAGCAGCAGUACCUCUCGAGGAGGAAGAAGAGGAAGAGGCAGAAGCAGCUACCAAACAGAGACCUCUAGGAGUGGGCGCUAUGGUGGCCGUGGUUUGGGCAGGGGAAGUACCCAAGAUGGUGGUGACUACAACAGACUGAGAGGCAAUGGUUUCUAUUAGAAAGUUUCACAAUGAAAGCUGGGAUGCUGGGAGACAAAUAUUAACAGCAAAAUUGUUAGAGGUAUUCCUCAUAGGUUUUUUGAUCUGAGGGUGGCUGAGGUUUGCUGAUUUGUGGUUCAAAAUUUUCUUGGAUUCAUGAGAAAUAUAAAUGGAACUUUAUGGGGUGUGCCAUUGUGUGAUGCAAGUGUGGAGGUACUUUUCUUUUGCCGUUUCUAUUGUUUCAGAAUAUGUUUAUUCCCCCCUUGAAUGAUUUUUAUCAUGCAUAUUCAGGUGGGAUAUUUUUGGGACGUUGUGUCUUCUUUCGCAGGAAAUGUGAUGGGCUAUUUUCGUA